GUGGUCUUUUAGUCAGGUGCGGAUGUCAGACGGAAGCGGAAAUUGUAGUUUUUUUUGCAGAUCUCUGAAGCAUCUCGAAGAAUCAUUUUUCCAGAUCUGUGUGUGCUGGGACCCGAUGUCGUCGUGGAGAGAGAGACUUAAAGAAUGAGCAUCCAAUGAGACCAGAUCGAAAGACAGACUCACGUCUUUGACAUCCCCCACUAUCCGUUUUAUUUCGAUAGGUCCUUGUGGUUUGAGACACCCCAUUAGGCGUCAUGACGUCCUCUAUGCUACGCCGACAAUUGAAGAACCUCGUUCAAAACUUCUCUGAGGCUGAGGUCAAGGUGAGGGAGGCCACCUCCAACGACCCAUGGGGCCCCUCUAGCUCGCAGAUGGCCGACAUCUCGGACCUCACCUACAAUGUGGUGGCCUGCAAUGAGAUCAUGACCAUGCUGUGGAAACGCCUCAAAGACGACAAGAACUGGAGGCACAUCUACAAGUCAUUGACUCUGCUGGAGAACCUAUUAAAGACGGGCUCAGACCGCGUUCUGAAUACGAUGAAAGACAACAUCUACAUUGUGAAAGCGCUAACAGAGUUCCGUUUCCAGGACAAGGAUGGGAAAGAUCAGGGGGUGAACGUGAGGGAGAAGGCCAAGGUAGUACUGGUUCUUAUGGAGGACGACGAGAAACUAAAGGAAGAGCGAGAGUUUGCACUCAAGACCAGAGACAAGAUCUCAAAGAACGCCACUGCCUCCUCGGACGACCCCAACGACCCCAAGGACCCCAACUACAAGCCAGUGUAUGUCCCAGGAGCCACCGGACUCCCCUCCCUAGCCAACAUCCCGUCUGUGGCUGAUCUCGCCGCCAGCUUUGAGGCCAAGAAGCAAGAAAAACUGAGACUAGAGGCCCAGAAAAAAGAGGAGGAACGAAGGUCCAAGAUGACCAAGGAAGAGCUUGAAUGGGAGGAUGCCGCCAAAGCAGGAAAGCCUAAGGUUGCUGACGCCUUUGGCAGGGCAGAUGAGCCAUCAGAGGAGGAUGCAUGGGGCGCAGCAGCCAAAGCACCCGCUCCUGAUCCUUGGGGGGGUGCGCCCAAAGCUCCAUCCGAGGAUGCAUGGGGUGGAACAUCCAAAACUCCAUCCGAGGAUGCAUGGGGUGCACCAUCUAAUGCUACAACAGAAGAAGCAGAUCCUUUUGCGGCGCCAGCCAGUGCCCCAAUAGAUGGUUCAGAUCCUUUUGCGGCGCCAGCCAGUGCCCCAAUAGAUGGUUCAGAUCCUUUUGCGGCGCCAGCCAGUGCCCCAAUAGAUGGUUCAGAUCCUUUUGCGGCGCCAGCCAGUGCCCCAAUAGAUGGUUCAGAUCCUUUUGCGGCUCCAAAAGAUGGUUCCGAUCCAUUUUCGGCACCAUCCAAUGCACCAUCUAAAGUUGAAGCUGAUCUGUUUGGGGCACCAAAAGAUGAUCCAUUUUCAGCACCAUCCAAUACACCAAAAGGUGGUUCUGAUCCAUUUGGGGCACCAAAAGAUGAUCCAUUUUCAGCACCAUCCAAUACACCAAAAGGUGGUUCUGAUCCAUUUGGGGCACCAAAAGAUGAUCCAUUUUCAGCACCAUCCAAUACACCAAAAGUUGAUUCUGAUCCGUUUGGGGCACCAAAAGAGGAUACAUUUUUGGCACCAUCCAAUACGCCAAAAGACGGUUCAGAUCCCUUUGGGGCACCAAAAGAUGAUUCUGAUCCUUUUGGGGGCCCAUUGAAUGUCCCAACAAAGGGUGCUGAUCCUUUUAUGGCACCAUCCAGUCCAAAAACCGAGGUUUCAGACACGUGGGGUGCUCCAUCCAAUCCACUGUCCGAAAAGAAGGCUGAUCCCUGGGGAGACGAGGGGACCACAGCUGCCUCUCCCCCCACAGAUCCAUUUGGCGAUGGCUCGAAGGCUGAUGAUGACGCAUGGGGACCAACAGCAUCGACUCCGCCCACCGCCAGUGACCCUUGGGGUGCACCUGCAGCUCCCACCGACACAGCAUCCACAGACGACCCCUGGGGAGAUGGAGGGGCAUCCACCACUACAGACGCUAUGAACUCUGACCCAUGGGGAGCUCCAAGUAAUGGCACAGACAAUGGAGCCACAGCGGACGAAGACAACAAAUCGCCAGCUUCCUUCCAUGGUGCCGGCUCUUCGCUCGUGGACGUGGACUCACUCCUUUCCCCCAAACCCAAACAACCCCCCCUCGCCAAGUAACAAAGUAAGGACGGGUAAAGGAGAGACCAGACCGUGAAAGAGAUAGACAGAGAGAACCAGAGGGUGAAUAUGAGAAGUAUAUUUAUCUGUUCAUUUAAAGAGACCAGACCGUGAGAGAGAUAGACAGAAGACGAGGGUGAAUAUGAGAAGUAUAUUUAUCUGUUCAUUUAAAGAGACCAGACCGUGAGAGAGAUAGACAGAGAGAACCAGAGGGUGAAUAUGAGAAGUAUAUUUAUCUGUUCAUUUAAAGAGACCAGACCGUGAGAGAGAUAGACAGAGAGAACCAGAGGGUGAAUAUGAGAAGUAUAUUUAUCUGUUCAUUUAAAGCAGUGUUUGUGAUUCAGUGUUUUUACUAGGCCUUCCUCCCCUAUAGUGCAUAACUGUUGUGUGGGUCAGCAUCGGUAGUUGUAGCCAUGCAUAGAUUUUAGAGAUGUAACCGUUUCACUCCUCUCUCUGUUCUAUACUCUCUCUUGGAAUGCUCUGUACUGUAAAUCUGUCCUCCCUCCCUUGCCCCAUUUUCUUUUGCUUUUCCUAAUUUCCUAGGUGUUUUACAAGGCCCAGGCAUGGCUGGCCCUAUGGGCAGAGUCACAUCCAUUGCUGGAGUGUCUUGUACCACAAUCUCCCCAAACUCCAGCCUUUUUGUUUCCACCCCUAUGCCCUACGGUGUCACCCGCCUUUGGAUCCCACGACCCCUUGCUGGGGCCUCCUUUAUCCCAUCUAUCAUCCCAUUCCCUGGGAAUGCCUCAUCCUGGCCUGGCAAUGCCUGCAAUGGGACCUCAGAUGGCAUGCCCCUGUUUUGGAGCUGGGAUGGUACAACCCAAUUGUCUGGGUUGGGUUCCUCAGGCAGGACACUCUGUAGUGGCCCACUUGGGAGCUUCCACUCCUCAAAUGGGAGGGUGGUCCCUUUGCAGUGACACAUGGUUUUAGACACCAGAAUGGGAGAUCCUCCCCAACGGAACAACAAUCCUUUCCUUUUUUUGAAAAGCUACAACCUGUCCAGCUCACCUUCCUCAACCCCAAUAUCUACAGUGGUUAAUAUAAUGUACAUGUCCAAUGUAAGUGUAUGCAAUAAUAUGUAAGAAAUGGAAACAAGACAAAAUAUAAGUAUCUCAAAAUAGUUUUUCCCAAGAAAAACAUUCCAUUUUGGUUGAUUCGAUGUUCAUUUCGGUUCUUCCCAGAGUGGGAAGCUGAGAUGGGGCCGUAGGAGUUAGUUCCAUGUAGUCCUUGUGUGAUUUUGUUCUUGUGCUGUUAUUUUUCAAUUAGACUGGUUAUUAUCAAUGCUCACCUUCUCUAUGCUUGACUCAUAAGGCUCUGAGAUAGGUGGAUGGAGGGUUAAGAAGACCUGAUGAAUCAUUACAGGAGUGUACAAUGGAACAUGGUACACAAAAAGAACAGGAUGGCAGUAGAGCCGCUAUCAGGUGUGUGUGUGUGUGUGUGUGUGUGUGUGUGUGUGUGUGUGUGUGUGUGUGUGUGUGUGUGUGUGUGUGUGUGUGUGUGUGUGUGUGUGUGUGUGUGUGUGUGUGUGUGUGUGUGUGUGUGAGAGAGAGCGCAUGUUUUGUGUGAAAAUGAGGUGAGAUCCUAGAGCAAAAGUAACCAUAACACAACAGUAACUUUUUUGUGAUUUAAAAAAAAGUACAUAUUGUAUCUAUUUAUUCAUUUACUUAUUAGCCUAUUUAUUAAUUAAAUUAUUUGUUUGUUUCUUGAACACUUGGCCUCCAACAGAUACUUUCAAAACAAACUAGAGCCAUAUUCAAAUUCAUUAAUCUCACAUUACUGACAGCAAGCAUCAAAGUUGUCAUUGUCCCGUGGGUUUCUUGAGUUGAACAGUGACUUUAGUUGGAAACGGUCAUAUCCAAUUGGAUAGAACCAUAAUCAUCCACAUUAUCAGCCAAUAACCAAUAGUGGCUUUAUUUCCGUUUUGUCAUUUUAUACACAUAAGUCUACUUAUUUAGUUAUGUUUGGGAACAAACACAUUGUAUACAAUUGAAAGCUGAAUUUGUCAUAUCCUUUUUUUCUGUCCUGCGUAUGUUGUUGAAAACUGUAUCUCAGUCAGUUGAAAGUCUUUAUGUCAAAUAUUUGUAUGACAUGACAACAUUCCAUGCAUACGGUAUUGUUAUGUUUAUCUAUUCAGUGCGUUUUCAUCGUAAGGCCUAUGAAUCCUACGGGAUGCUUGUCAUUCUGUGUUUUGCAUUUCCUCUUUGGCCUCAAACAAAACAGUUGAAAUAGAACAAGACAGUUUACAAAAUGUAAAGCGAAAUGAAAAAUUGGACUGGAAGUCACAAGAUUAAUUUAUCUGAAUCGUAGCGCAAAAGGAUUAGUAUUGUUACGAUAAUACAUUUUAUCGCAGCUACUAUUAUAAUUUAAUUUGUAUGAUAUACUUUUUUAUUUAUGUCAAGGCUGUGGUGUAAACUGUGACAGUACACAUUUGAGAAAUAAAGUUAUUCAAUACUCAAGAUCUCA